UCCACCGGCUGCAUCCCCAGUCCCCACUCAUUCCUCCUCCUUCCUCCUUCAGUCCAUCUCCAAAACCCCAACUCCACUUAUGAAACCCCUCUCUUCUUCACAUUCUCCUUGCAUUUCCUGAACUCGCCACCUCUGCUUCACUUCUUUUUCACCUUGCCUCCAAAUAGACGCAGACAGCAGAGAGUAGUUCAACGCUCUCGUUGAACUUUUAUCCUCUUCCUGACGUUUGGGUUGGGGUCUAACAUAAGGAUGUCAACGAGCUUGUUGCUGCUGGCCCUGUUGGUGACGACGCUUCUACUCCAGCUUCUGCUACUACAACAAAGAAUGACGAUAAGGUUAAGGAGAAGGAGUCCUAUUGGGUUGGAUAAUGUGAAUAUGGUCUUUUCUAGGCUUAUUGUUUUGGAUUUGGUCUUCAUAUUAUCUAUGUAAACAGAUCCCUAAGGUAAAGCUUACCACCUCUCUUUCUAUGUCUUUCAUUGUUGGAAUCUGUUUACAUACUUCCAUAAUGCAAUAUGCAGUUUUGUUUGAAUCUUGGAUUUGUGUGGGGAUUCAAGUAUUUUCUAGGUUAGGGCACAUAAAUUCCUUUUGGUUCAAUGGGAAUUCCAGAAUUUCGUUUGCUAUGGUGCCUUGAGGCUGUGAUGAUAAACUAAUACUCUGCCUGGUCGAAGGUGCUUUAUUUUUCUUGCCCUGUCUCAACUUGCUGACCUCUUUCAAGUAUAUCCUCUUUUUUGGUUUGACUGCUUCUAUUUUCUUGGCCUUGUAGGUCUCUGGAUCUAAGUUAUGGCAGUAAGUUUGGGGGGUUUAUGUACUGAACUUUUCUUUCCAGUGCCACCAUUAAGGUUCAUGGCAGGUAUUCCACAUUCCAUCUUGCAGUCUUGUCUCCCACAACUAGUUAUGAAUAUCUAUGGGACCGAGCAAGGAUGAUAGAGCUACAGAUGAGGCUUGGCUAACUGGGAUGAAGUCAACAUUUUAUCCAACCAGUGGUGUGCCCAGUAAUGUGAGGAGUUAAACAAAAGAGGCUUCACUAAAGUAAUUCGUGGAAUCUUCAUAGCUUCCAACAGGAUUUAGCAACUAAUGACAAAGGAAUGGAAGUGUUGCAGGGUAUAACGUGAAGCCCUAGAUGCCACCAAAAUCUUAACUGGAGGUUCCGUUUUAGGAAUACCCUUCUACAUCUUACUAAUGUGAACUUUUCUUCUCCUGUUCUGCCCUGUUUGCACUAGAGGUGCCUAUUUUGGUUUGAGGGAGAUUGGUCAGUCUUAGUUUUAGCUGGUGUGCUCCUGAUAGUUACGUAGAGAACUCUUGUUUCUUUGCCUCUUCGUUCUUUUCCUAAUUAUGUUAAUUAAUUAAAUGUAUGACCAUUAUUCAAAAUAAAUAAUAUUAAUUUUCUCUUA